UCCGCGCGGCGAGCGGGGUCCCGCGGGGCGCAGCUGGUGCGCGAGUUCGGCUUCAUGCCGCGGCGCCGGCUCAGCGUGGAGGACGGCGCGCGGCUGCCGAGGAAGUACGAGCCGUUCCCGCCGAAGCUGUACGGCCGCCCGCUGGAGGAGAUCGACAACUUUAUUUACGAUGAGACAUUCUGUGUGGUGUCGAAGCGGUUCCGCAAGAACUACAUCCACCGGUUCACGGCCACCAGGUCGCUGUUCUGGUGGUCGCCGUGGUCGCCGGUGCGGCGCGCGUGCGUCUACCUGUCCACCAACCAGUACUUCGACUACUUCGUCAUGGCAACCAUUCUGCUCAACUGUGUCUUCCUCGCCAUGUCGGAGACCAUCGAAGAGGCUGAGUGA